UUAUAAAUUUAAUAUGGAUUUGGAUGAUUUAAACUGCAUUCAAAGACAUUUGCGAACCAAUUCUAUUGAUGUCCACCCGACGGAAAAAGCAAUUAUCAUAAACUAUGAAUUAGAGGCUUCACUUGUCGGUGAUUUAGGUGAUACUAUGCUUGAGGAAAGUCGACAAUUGCAGAAAAUUAUUCGUGUUAAGAAUUUGGAUGAAUGGACUGAUAUCAAGCAAUUGGCUAAAGAGUUGAUCGAAAAGUGUGAUUUAAUACCUGCUUCCAAAUACAAUGAAUUGACCACUUUAUUACAUUAUCUGCAAACACGUAAAGAAGUUGCAACUACUAGACCACAAACAGCACUAUCAGAUCGUAUGAAAAAUAUGCUCAUCGAUAGACCUGAUUCAGAGACAAGAGAUACCACCGAAGAAGCGGUCAUCGAUAAACUCGAUCAUUACAUUGAACUUCUUUAUGAAGAUUUGCCCGAAAAAAUAAAGGGUUCACUUUUAAUACUCAAAUUAAGUAAAAAUAGUGAAAAUCUAAUUGAAUUGACAACUAAUGAAACAUUGGUUUGUGCAUUGGCUCGAGUUCUUCGAGAAGAUGGCAAAAAGUCAUUGGAAUUGGCCAUUAAUAUUGUCUUCAUAUUUGCAUGUUUUUCAAAUUACUCUCAAUUUCAUAUAACCAUAAGUCAAUUCAAAGUCGGAUCCAUAUGUUUUGAUUUAGUUGAGUGUGAGCUGACUCGAGAGGACAGUUGGAUACAGGAGUUAAACGAGAAGAAAGCACUGGCAGAGGGACACUACAACCUGACAGCACAGGCAGACUUUGAGAAGAGUCUCAAGAGAUAUCAACUAUUAAUCCGUAAACAAAAUAAUUUGCUUCGAGUUGUCUAUUAUUUGUUACUCAACUUAUCAGAAGAUACUAAAGUUGAGAUCAAAAUGGUUAACAAAGGAAUUAUUCGACUUUUAGUCAAAACAUUAGAUCGCGAUUCACAAGAGUUGCUGUUGGUUGUGGUCCUCUUCCUCAAGAAGUUGUCGAUAUAUAUAGAAAAUAAAAAUCAGAUGAAAGAGUUAUCAAUUAUCGAGAAGUUGGCGCCAGUAUUAUCCUUAACCAACGAAAAUCUUGUUUCCAAUACUUUAAAACUAAUGCAUAAUCUUAUAUUUGAUAAUCAGCUCCGAGUUGUCGUAAUAAAGACGGGACUCAUCUUAAAAUUAGUUACUUUUCUUAGUAAAGACAAACACACGAAGACUGUAUUAACAAUUUUAUAUCAAAUCAGUCGUAACGACAAAUGGAAGACACUCUUCAGUUAUUCUUCUGAAUGCAUUCAUCUGAUUGUCUCAAAAGUACUGAAUCCGACCCCUAAUACAUAUAAUGAGAUCAUUUCGUUAGCAAUCAAUUUAGCUCUAAAUCAACGAAACGCUCAAUUAAUGUGCGAUAAUUCAUAUUUGAAUGAACUGUUUGUUAAAUGUUUUGAGACAAAAGAUCCACUUUUGUUGAAACUGUUGCGAAAUAUCAGCCAUCACGACGACCCCAUCAAAAUGCUAUUCAUUGAUUAUCACAAACAAUUGAUAGAAAUUAUGGUCAAUGAGACCAAAGAAGAAAUAAUAGUUGAAUGUUUAGCAAUAAUAUCAAACUUGACUUUAACUCAAAUCGAUUGGUAUUCACUAUUCAUUGAAUACAAUCUCUUUGAAUGGAUUUACGAGAGAAUUAAAGUUGGAAAUACCACCGAUGAUGAUAUUAUUCUACAAUUAGCUAUAUUUAUAGGAACAGCUGUCAAUCAACGAGAAUGUUGUUUAUGUCUUAUGGAUAACAAAAUUAUCCAACUUUUAAUCGAUCUGUUAAAUGCCAAACAAAAAGACGAUGAGAUAGUCAUUCAAAUUAUUUACGCGUUUUAUAUGUUUGUCAGACAUUCAGAAGCCAGAGAUGUGAUCGUAAAAGAUUCGCAAGUGGCCCCAUAUUUGAUAGAUCUUAUGCACGACAGGAAUAAAGAUAUCAAAAGGAUAUGCGACGCCACUCUUGAUGUGAUAGCGGAAUGUGAUCUCGAUUUGGCCUCAAAGAUAAAAGAGGAAAAAUUCUGUUCCCAUAAUAAGCAAUGGCUUGAAAUGAUUGAAUCGCAAGCCUGUGAUACUAUAGAUCAACUCAACAAUGGUUUGGAUGAGUCACUGAUAUAUCCGGAACUACUCAUCAAAACAGAUCUUUUGAAUGAUUCGAGUUCUGACAAUCUGUCGGAUGAACACUCCAUUCAACAGUCAAUGCAAGCCAUGUCCUUAUCUAUUGAUGGCAGUGAUGAACCUGUUUUUGUUAGCACUAAAAAACAUGAUAUUAUACCAGCGUUAGUGACCACAGCUAUAAAGAGACCACAAACUGGAUAUAAAAAUAGAAGUAGUACAGCGACCGCAAGGGUUAACAAUUGA